CUCCUUUUAUUUUAUAUUUUUAUUUUUAUUUUCCCCUUUAUUGCUCCCGCCGUCGCUUCCCCCUCAGCCCUAAGUCUCUUUUUCUCCCCUGCUCCCGCUCCCCGCUCGGCUUCUCCUCUUCUCGUGCCGCCGUUCACGCCGUCCCUCUCCGUUCCCUUUGCUCUGCCCUCCCUCUCCGUUCGCUGCUCCCUGCUCAUCGCCGCUGCUUGGAUCACCGCCUCCACCGCUGCUGCUUGUUGCUCUCCAGUUGCUUGUCGGCGCCUCCGUCCCCGCUGUUCGUCCCGAGCCUAAACGAAAACGAGACAAGCCGAGCUUGAGCCUGCUAUAUUCGGGCUCGGCUCGGCUGGUUGGAGACGAUGGGAGCGGAUAUGGCCGACGGAGAUGCAGGUUACCAAGAAAUACAGGAAGUCGAUUUCACUGAUAAUGAGUUAGUCCAUCAUGUCAGGAAUGCCCUCAAGUCAAUUACAAAGGGUGACAGCAGAGGUUAUGAUGAGCUCAUUGGGGUAAUGCAUCAUAAAGAGCGUCUUUCAGCAGAUGAAGUGGCCAUGCUUGUGACAUGCUUGAAGACACUCUCUGGUGCUGUUUCCUCCAUAGAUUUUACGCACCACGAGUCUCUUCUUUCUACGAUAUUCAGCAUGAGCAUGUGGAACUAUGUGCCUGAAAUCAUGGAUGCAUUGACCAACUUAAUCAUAUCCCUGGCUGCUUCAAAUGGAAGAUAUGUUGAUCCAUGUUUGAAUAUGCUGUUACAGAAUUUCAUUCCACCAUAUUCAUUCUUACGCUGGCUGAAACAACCACGUGGACUUUCAAUUAAAAACCAAGUUCUGUCUCGAGUGCAUUCUGCCCUUGAGAGCAUAACUGGUCUGGUUCCUCUUGCUCCGAUGAGAUUAUCGUCAUUAGUUGUCGAGAGGAUGCCUCUUUUAGGUGCUACAGAAGAAGUGGUCAUGAUGUACAUGGAGAACAUGUUCAGACUAGAGAGUGGUUCAAUCGGACUGCUUGUUGGGAGCACUAUGCUAAUGGCUGUGGUGGAUCGUCUGAGAGAUUUAGAUUUGGAUAUCACAUGGGAAGACAUUUUGCAAGAUGAUGCUGGCAAGGGAAUAUUUCAAUUAGAAUUGGAGGAUAUGGAUGAGAUUGAAGAUGAAUUCGAAAAUGAUGGUGGUGGACUUCCAGGAGCAUACACAAAUAGGAAGGGUCUUUCUGGUAAUGUGGUUGCCAAGAAGUUAGAUGACCUGUUGGCCUUAACCUUCGAGCAUCUUGAAUCUUGUAAAACACAAGGCCGCUUGAAUGAGGUAUUUGAGAUUCUUCUCCAAUCAUUUCGCACAACAGUUCUCACUGCAUACAAGUCCAAAUUUACCCAGUUUGUGAUGUUUUAUGCCUGUGCCUUGGAUCCUGAAAAUUGCGGUGUAAAAUUUGCAAGGACGCUUGCGGAUAUCUUUACGUGCACUGACUAUCCUCCAAUGACUAGGAUGAGUGCAGUCGCUUAUCUUGCCAGCUAUAUGGCUCGUGGAAAGUUCAUUUCCACCAAUUUCACAGUGGCAAUGUUGAGAAGGUUGGUUGAUUGGUGUUCGGAGUACUGCAAAAUUCAGAAUGGUGAUAUUAAUCCAGAACUUCACCGUGUAUUUUACUCAGGUUGCCAGGCCAUCAUGUAUGUGCUUUGCUUCCGAAUGAGAUCGUUGGUGAAUGUCCCUUGGCUCAAGUCACAGCUUUCCCAGAUGCCUUUAGAAUCCAUUCUUAAGCAUAGAUUGAAUCCCCUAAUGGUCUGUUUGCCAUCCGUAGUGGUAGAGUUUCUAAGGCAGGCAAAGGCAGCUAACCUAUAUACGGUAUCAAAGACAUUCAUCUUCAAUGAUGUACUGGAGUCGGAGCUUUCAAGGGCCUUUGGUGGAUUGGAGAGGCUGGACAUGUUUUUCCCAUUCGAUCCGUGCUUGCUAAAGAAGAGUGACAGAUAUAUCCGUCCAAGCUACAUAUUCUGGUCCAUGGUUCAAACAAGCUAUGAGGAUGACGAAGAGGGCAGCAGCGAGGAAGACGAUGAAGAGGAGGCCUUUCCUGAGAGGAACUCUAGGGAUCACGAGAUGGCCACGAGUUUCGGUGAGCGAGAAGACUUUGAUAUUGACGAAUUUGACCAUGCAUUGAACAAGAUGUCCAUUACACCCAAGACCUACAAGUGGGGUGGGGACAUGCAACCCCUCACCCGAAUGCCCUCAAAGCUCAGGCCCUCCACUAGUCCAGAGUCCUUGUGAUUUAUUGGAGAGCCGGUCAAGUGAAUACGCUCAAGAUGUUAUUGAUUGGCAGGGAAGAUCUCUACAAGACCUGGUCUAACGGAUGCGGUUGUUUGUUCUUGGUUCCAUACACGUGUCCUAUAUAAGCUUACGAUUAUGAGCAUCUCCGCUGUAGAGUUUAGCUUAGAUUGGGUGCAGGAAGGUUUGAGUAGGAUACAUCCUCUUUUAGGUUUUCUCUAUCCCUUUUCUUUGUUUAUGUGAUCCCUUAGAGUUAGGGUUGGUCCAAAGGGAAGUAUGUAACAUUGAUUGAGGUAUCUGCAAGUGGGAACUCUUCUAAUAUGAGACAUACAUAUGUAUUUUAAAACUUUUGCCAGUGCAAGGAGUGAAAUGCCGGCGGAACAUUGAUGCAUCUCCUUGUGUAUCGACUCUGUGCAUCGAUUAUGAUACCGCACGAAUAAAACUAGGUAGCAAUAUUAAUUUCCUGGA